CCAACGCUUAAACCAAUGCGAAUAAUUCAUAUAUUCUUUUUCUUUCUUAGAUAUUACCGUAUUCCCUCGCUCUUCUACUUCAAUAUUCUAAUUAACCCCCACUGAUCCCGCGUACGACCCCCAAUAUUUACUCUCUUUGCAAUCACUGCUCGACCCUUCUCUUCUUUCUCCUCCAAUUUGUCAUAUUUUUGUUAAUUUCUGGCGAAAAAAAAUGAAGUUUUGGAAGAUACUAAGCAGACUUCUUGAUGAGAUGUUUCCGGAUUGGCAAGACAAGUUUAUAUCGUACAAACAUCUGAAAAAACAGCUGAAUUUGAUUCUUCCGUUGUCGGAAUCAUCUGAAAACCUUGUAAAUGACGGUAAUAACAAGCCAAAUAAAAGGGAGAGAGGGAGUGAUGAUGAAGCGGGAAGCGGAGAUAAAGGGAAGGAGGUGAUGGUGAGGGCCAUGGACGACUUUGUUAAGCUUUUGAAAGUGGAGAUCAACAAGUUCAAUGGUUUCUUCAUGGAUCAAGAGGAAGACUACAUUAUUAGACUAAAAUUUCUCAAAGAAGAAGUAGCUGAGGCUAAGGAUUCAAGAGAAGAACUUAUGGAAGUAGGAAGAAAGUUGGUGGAUUUUCAUGGCGAGAUGAUUUUGUUGCAAAACUACAGCCUUCUUAACUACAUAGGACUACACAAAAUUCUGAAGAAGUAUGACAAGAGAAGUGGUGAUCUAAUUCGACUGCCGUUCAUCCAAAAGGUCCUGCACGAGCCUUUUUUCAGGACUGAAGUAAUAAAGAAACUAGUGAAGGAGUGUGAGAUAAUGAUCUCAUGCAUCUUCUCAAGGAACACGCGGUUGGUCCCACCUAAAGACACUAACCUAAAGGAAGGUUGCCAUGAGCAGGAGCAGCAGCCUGUGGCUGUGGAAAAGACGGAAAAACACCUUACAGUUCCGAAAGAACUUGAAGAAAUAGAAUGCAUGGAAAACAUGUACUUGAAGCUAAGCAUAUCAGCCUUACAAAGCCUGAAGCAAACCAGAAACGGCAGUUCAACAGCAAGCAUGUUCGCUUUGGCACCAAUGCCAGGUAGUGACUUGGAUGAAUCCCGGAAAUGAAGUAAUUAUGCUGGCUGUGGAGCCCAUGGUCAAUAUAGAAUUAUACGCUUUCUUGAGGAUGCUAUUUGAAGGAUGUAUACAGAACUUAAACGAAGCAAGUAUGUUGAAGUCAAGAAAAGUUUUGUUUAUCCUUCACCUGUGUAAUUCUUGAAUGCUAUAGUAAAAAGCUAUCUUUACAGUUAGCAAAAAAUCAUGGAUUAACAGCAGGAUCUCUCUAGAUGAUUCUGCUGCUUUAGCAUACUGAAACUAGAGUAGUGGUUCGGUUUGUUGUUUUGUUAUCUUGCGUCCGAGAUACCAAAAACCGAAUGGAGCAUCAAUUGGCGCCUGUAGCUCAGUGGAUAGAGCGUCUGUUUCCUAAGCAGAAAGUCGUAGGUUCGACCCCUACCUGGCGCGGAGUCUUUUCGGUCCCUCAAUUUAUAAUCUAUUUUUGACUAUUCUCAUGUCUCCUGAAUGCACGUCCAGGCAGACAACGUACCUCCACUCUUUUCA